AGAGCUUCCGGAAGUGCCUUUGGGGCAAGAUGCAUGCUGGCCGGUGUUGUGCCUCCGCUGAUUUGGGAAGUUAGUGGCCGGAGGGGCAGGACCGAGUACAAUUCUCGUCCCCUUUUCUCCCCGACCUCCUUCCCUGUCUGUUUACCUUUUGCAGCCUCCCUUGCCCACGCCGAGCCGCCUCUGCAGCUCACAGUGAGUACGGUCGGGCCCUGGGCCGGAGGAAAGUGGGUGCUUUGUGGCUGGAUCAGGCCGCAGCCGAGGACGGGCCUGUGCGGUGGUCGGCGCCGGGGAACGGUUCUGACGCCUUAGUUGCGGGUGUAGGCAGAGUAAGUGCCCGCGAAUUGCCCUCGAACUUUUUGCGAGGGAACACUUUUUAUGAAGGUUAGCUUUGUUCAUAGCUAAUCGUUUUCUGGUAUGAUUUUGUAGUCGAUCGUAUUUAUUUUAAAAUGGGAAACUGCCCCCCAUGUUAUUUUUUAUCCAACUAUUUCCAGGGUCUCAAUUGUUUUCACUUAGCACUAUUUUGCGUUUCGGUCACAAAAAAAUUCUCGUUUUUUAAGAAAGAGGUAUUUUGCUUUUGGAAGCCGCAGUUAUCCACAAAAAUCCAUUUUUGCUGUUUCUCUGCUUUCUUUAGUGUAUUAAGAAACUGGUGGUGUAUUGACUGGAUAAUUGUACAAAAGGUUGUUUUUUUUUUUUAAAUAUCGGUAAUACAGAAUUCAACAUUAUCAGAAUGCCUAUUUCAUUUGUUAAAGCAAACUGAAAGCCAACGAGGAACUCUGGGAGGGGACCCAUUUCCAAAACUCUGGUUAGUAAUGAGUAAUUUUUGUCAGGCUACUUUGACUGCCACCGCCACCUUUAAAAACGUUUCUGUUCUUAUUAGUUCCGUUGAGUAUAUUUACGUAGCAGUCAUUGUUUUAGCAAAUGUAUACAUGUUUUGAAUUUCAGUUGUGAAAUGUAAAAUGUCAUAGAUGUUAAUUAAAACUUUCAGCUAAUGCAAUUUGAGAUAACAAUAAAGCAUAGAAAAUGUAAAAGGAAAAUGUAAAAAUCAGUCUAUAUUUAGUGCUUACCAACAAUACAGACAUGUAUGUACAAAACUAAGAGGAAAGUACAUAGUGGAGUAAUUUUGCACUCAUUUAUUUGUAAGUUGUAAUUCUCAAAAACUAGCUGAUUAGAGAGGGAAAAGACUACAAAAUGGAAAAUUAGCCACUAAAUAGAAUAAUCAAGAUGGGCAAUGGACAAGACCUGUUGGCUCAUUUGGUAUAAAAAAUCAACAAACCUGAAAAUUAGCUGCCUUUCAUCAGUGUCGCUAUUGAGACUUUAAUGCCACGUCAACACUAUAAAGUUCUUGAAUGCUGCGCCUUUCACAUUAAAAUAUUUUAUAGCCUUCUGUACUGGUGAGCAAUGGGAUUGCACCUGUGAAUAGACACUGCUCUCAAGCCUGAGCAACACAGACCCUGUCCCUAAAUAAUAUUAAUAAUAAUAAUAAAUAUUUUAUAGCCAUUAUGGAUGAGGAUUGCCCAGUAAUGAAUGGCUAGUUGUUCAGUAGUUAAAAAUGAACCUUGGCUUAAAGGAGAUUUGCAAGAAAGCAUGGUAAGACUUUCACCAUAUAACAUCACAUUCUAAACAGUUAGAAUUUAUGUCCCAUAUAAUGAUCUUUAAGUUUUUAGCAUUAAACCAUGAGUAGCUAUUUUAAGAAAAUGUAAGUUUGUUUGUUAAAUUGUAAUUGAUUUAAAAAAUUAUUUUAAAAUGAACUAAGAAUUUUAAAAUAAAUUAUCUUAAAUUAUAAUGUAUUCAAACAGAAACAAAUAGAUAAUUUGUUCAAACGAAAUUGAUUACCCUUUCUCAACAAAAUUUCAGCAUCCUCCUCAAAUUCACUCUUCACCCAAAUCUCACUAUUCUAGCAAAUUCCUCCACUCUUCUGUAAAGUCAUCAUCAGUGAACUUGACCCCUGAUGUUAAUUGCUAUAUUUAACUAUAUAUUUUGCUCCUUAGUUCUUCUAAUCUGUAGUUUACUCCCUAUCCUGUUGUUUCUGGCCUUGUCUAGCUUUUAAAAUAAUUUUCAAAUUCCCUUCCUUUUCUGUAUGCACUCUCUAAAUAGAAUUUGUUCGUUUGUUUGUUUUUAACCUCCUGGCAUUCUUGGAUGGCCUUUGAGUCUAUGAACUCUGCUGAAAUUGUAAAAUUUUGCGUCUAUGAACAUUUUGCUGGAAAGAAGUUCUGUGUUUUCUUUAGGUUGAAGAGUCUGUAAACCAACCGCCUCCCCCAUCGCCUCCAAAAAAAACUGAAAAGAUAAGCACUGCCUUGAUGAUCCAUAUUGAGAACUAUAGAAGUACCCUUAGAAAAGAGACCCUCAGAAGAGUCUUCUCUUAAGAAGAUAAAGAAGGUAGUGGAAACGAGCAUCCUGAGCUUUUCAGGCCCUAAAUGGCUGAAGAAUCAAGAAAACCUUCAGCCCCAUCCCCACCAGACCAGACUCCUGAAGAGGAUCUUGUAAUCAUCAAGGUAGAGGAGGAUCAUGGUUGGGACCAGGAAUCUAGUCUGCAUGAAAAUAACCCUCCUGGCCAAGAACUAUUCCGCCUGCGUUUCAGGCAGUUAUGCUAUCAGGAGACACUAGGACCCCGAGAAGCUCUGAUCCAACUACGGGCACUUUGCCAUCAGUGGCUGAGGCCAGAUUUGAACACCAAGGAGCAGAUCCUGGAGCUGCUGGUGCUGGAGCAGUUCUUGACCAUCCUACCGGAAGAGCUCCAGACUCUGGUUAAGGAACAUCAGCUAGAGAACGGAGAGGAGGUGGUGACCCUAUUAGAGGAUUUGGAAAGGCAGAUUGAUAUACUAGGACGACCAAUGUCAGCUCGUGUACGUGGACAUAGGGUACUCUGGGAGGAGGUAGUACAUUCAGAAUCUGCACCAGAGCUUCCAAGUACUCAGCUCCAAUCUGAGGCAACCCAGCAUAAAUCUCCAGUGUCCCAAGGGUCACAAGAGAGAGCCAUGUCUACUUCUCAGAGUCCUACUUCUUCCCAGAAAGGAAGUUCUGGAAACGAGGAAAUGACAGCUACACUUCUCACAGCAGGAUUCCAGACUUUGGAGAAGAUUGAAGACAUGGCUGUGUCCCUUAUUCGAGAAGAGUGGCUUCUUGAUCCAUCACAGAAGGACCUGAGUAGAGAUAACAGGCCAGAAAAUUUCAGAAACAUGUUCUCCCUGGGUGGUGAGACCAGGAGUGAGAACAGGGAAUUGGCUUCAAAACAGGUAAUAUCCACUGGAAUCCAGCCACAUGGAGAGACAGCUGCCAAAUGCAACGGGGAUGUUAUCGGGGGUCUUGAGCAUGGAGAAGCCCGAGACCUUCUGGGCAGAUUAGAGAGGCAGCGGGGAAAUCCUACACAAGAGAGACGACACAAAUGUGAUGAAUGUGGGAAGAGCUUUGCUCAGAGCUCAGGCCUCAUUGGACAUCAGAGAAUCCACACUGGGGAGAAGCCCUAUGAGUGUGAUGAGUGUGGGAAAACCUUCAGGCGGAGCUCACAUCUUAUUGGUCAUCAGAGGAGCCACACUGGGGAGAAACCCUACAAAUGCAAUGAGUGUGGGAGGGCCUUCAGUCAGAAGUCAGGCCUUAUUGAACAUCAGAGAAUCCACACUGGAGAAAGACCCUAUAAAUGUAAAGAAUGUGGGAAAGCUUUCAAUGGGAACACUGGUCUCAUUCAACACCUGAGAAUUCACACAGGGGAGAAGCCCUACCAAUGUAAUGAGUGUGGGAAAGCCUUUAUUCAGAGGUCGAGUCUCAUUCGACAUCAGAGAAUCCACAGUGGUGAAAAAUCUGAAUCUGUAGGAGUUUAGGAACAACUUCAGUUAUCGUUUGAGCAUUAUUCAGCAUUAGAGAAACCACACACUGGUGAGAGGUCUUUCAGUGUACUAAAAAGCAGAAAGGUCAUUGCAACUUUAGUGCCAGAAUCUAUAGUGGUGGCAAAGUUAGAAUAGCUUUUUAGUAAUUUGGGCCCAGUGCCUUCAUGAAGAUUGAUUAGCUUGACUGUCUUUGAAAGUAUCUGAUGGAGCUCCUGAUGGCUUAAUGUAUCCUUUAGAAAUUUAAAAUAGCAUUAGAGCAAGUUGCUUGUCAUGGCUUGAGGCACUUAAUUUUGUCUUUUGGGUGAGUAGCUAUAGGAUUGAGAGAGGCUGCUACUCCUAGUUCCUCUGCUUCUUCCUAUCUUCUGUGAUCCCCCUCCCAUUUAUUCCCUUGAAGGUGCCCUUGUAUUCCUAAUCUGAUCUAAGAAGCUGCUCUAGAGUCAGAAGUAGCUUCUAUGUGAAACUUAUAUUUGUAUGUAGCUUUCUAGAAAAAUUUUUACAGACACUUAAUGUAUUUAUGCUGAAGUAUGCAUUUUUUUAUUCUAAAUUCCCUCUAGUCACUGGGAAUUUGUAUUCCCAUGCAAACGCAGAAUGCUAUAUUUUUAACAGCACUCAUUUUUCUUCAUAUAUGACCUUCACUGACUCCAUUGAGUCACUAAGCAUUCAUGCAUAUCCUUCAUCACCCCCAGUCCCGGUACCUGUGUCAUCAUAGGAAGUGGGUACACCAGUGAUGGUUAUGGGAGUUAAUACAGAGAAAGAAGUGAGUGGAAACUCAGCCCAGCUGUUCUUGAGCUUGGAUAGUUAUACAUUUUGGUGACUUACGACUCUCCUUCCACCUCCCCACUGUACACUGUGGUACAAAUAGAUGCUUGCACUAUCCUAGUUAUGGCAUCAGAUAGGAGAAGGAGACAGAGGUGCUUUAGGAAGACAAAACUCUUUACAAAGAAUGUAUACUCAUCCUUUUUGGCCCAUUACAGUACUGCUUUCUCAGGUUCUUAUCAGCCUGUGCAAACUCCCUGACAAGAUAGUCUGUCACUCCUGUCAUUACCUUGCACCCACCUCUGUAGAUGGCCUCAGCACCUCACUCAUUAUUCUCCAUUUGUUUCUUGCCAUUAGUUUAUAUGACUUUAAUAUCCACAGUGAUAAUCUAAUACCUUACCUUACAGUUUUUCAUUCUUUUGAACUCUGGUGCACUCCAUCCGUAAUCCAUGUCUGUAAUCUACCAACAAAGAUAUACUGUUAAACUCACUAUCAUCAGGUACUAUAUUUCAUCUUUGAGGCUUUCACUAUACCAAGGAAUACUGUAUAAAGUAAUGAGACUUGUUUAAAGUAACAUGCCAGAACUUACGCAUCCAAUGUGGGUUAUCACUUGUUAUUCCCAAGUACUGUUAUUCCAGUAGUACUACUAUAUGCUUCCAAAUGUUUGGAACACUCUUAGAAUUCCCAUUUAAUAAACAAUAUGAGAAAACCUUCUGUUACACUUCAUUUUAAUCAUUUGAGUAGCCACUGAUUUACCAGAGUUGAAAUUGAGUAAUUUUUGGCUUACCAAAAUUUACCUUCAAACUUAAAAUUGAUUCCAUUAAACCUAUUCAGAAGAAAAUUAUAUAGGUUCUGGUGAAAAGUUCACGAUUUCACCCUGUGACUGUCCUGAAAAGGAAUAACAGUUAAUCAUAUUAUUUUUUAUUGAUGAGUCAGAAAAAGCAAUGAAAAUCUUUCCUCAUAGAGGACCACCUUUUGAGUCAUCAAUUCUUUCCCUAUAACUUUCCUUCUCUGCCUCACUAAAGCCCUUGACCACCAACAUCAUAGUUAAUCUACAUCAAUUUCAUUAAGCAGUUGGUGAAUGAAGGCACCCAUCAUUUGUCACAUUGGUUUUCAACAGUCCUUUUCAUUGUCAUUUAUUUUCUUAUCCUCCCGUCUCGUUUCUUUUUUUGAUUUAUAAGUUACCAUUCCUAAUUUCUUUGUACUUGAAAUUUCAAGAAACCAAAAACAAGUAAGUCUGAUUGUGUCUAGAUCUUCACUCUCUGUUUUCAGUUGUGCCUUACGCUUUGUAAGAUACCGAUUCUUCCUGGGGCCAGUACUACCUUGUAUGCAAAUAUUAAGUAUGAUGGCUUCAUUGUCAGAGGGAAAAUACGUGUGUGUGCACGUGUAUGUACACACAUACCUGCUGUACACUUGGGAAUAGAGGAACAGUUCCCUUCUAUUCCAAUAAAAAGCCCUUUUAGCAAAGCAACAUAAUAACAAGAUUGGGUGCAUUCAGGGUGGUAUGGCCAUAGACCAGAACAACAUAUUGAAGUAUGUACAGAUGUACCAGCUAAAGUCUCUUUAUGCAUCAGUAUUCAGAGUAAUGUAUAGCCAGAUUACUUAAAUCUCAGAAUUACUAAGCAUCUGGCAUAAA